AAUGGGGAAGCUGAUGGCGCGCAGGCAGUAUAUCUGUAUUUUGUGGGUUAUCGGCCGGGGCGAUACAUAAUUGCGUCCCGUUAUAUCCGUGGAAUAUCGGCUCAAAAUUAUGAAUGAUGGUAAAUCUUUCAUACAACGAGGCUGAUUGUAUGUUUAUCUGCUUAAAUACGAAGAUUCACUUCAAAGCACAUCAUCAGCAUUAGUCAGAUGAACAUGGCGAUUCAGGAAAAACCUUUCCACGUAGCCAUUAUCGGGUCCGGCAUAGGAGGGCUUGCGCUGGCUAUUGGGUUGCUGCGCCAGAAUGUGCCCUACACUAUCUAUGAGAGCGCUCCGCAAUACAGUGUCGUCGGUGCUGGCGUCGGUUUGGGUCCAAAUGCUCUCCGCGCCAUGGACAUGCUGGAGCCAAAGUUCAAGGCCCUGUAUGACGAGAUCUCGACGGGCAAUGUGACGCCGGGCAAGGAUCAUGUCAUCUUCGACACGCUCCUUGCAAAGCCUGGAUUUGGGCUUGACGAGGGCUGGGGAGAUCACAUCGGUGCCCCGAUCUACGACCGGACGAGUGCUCAUCGGAAGGAUUUGCUUGAUAUCAUGACCUCUCUGAUUCCAAUUGAGACGGUCAAGUUCAACAAGAAGGCGACAAGCGUUAAGCAGAUCGGUGGCAAGGUCCAGGUCACAUUCGAAGACGGCGAGGUAGUCGUCUCAGACGCGGUUGUUGGAGCAGACGGUGGAAAUCGAGGCGUCACGCGACCCGCCGUUCUGGGCGAGAGGUAUCCAGAUGAGGUCCUGCCGACGUAUUCGGGAAAAUACGUGUAUCGAUCUAUUGUGCCCACCGAGCAAGCUGAGGCUAUUCUGGGCAAGGGUAUGGCUGGCGACUCCAAGAUCUUCCUGGGCCCGGUCCGGCACUUUCUGUCAUAUCCAAUCUCGCACGGUAAAGAGGCAAACGUGAUUGCUUUUGUUUUUGAAAAUAAGGAGUGGAACGAGAAGCAGUGGACGAAGGAGGUCUCAAGAGAAGAGAUGAUUGCUGAUUUCAAGGGCUACGUCGAUGAUCGGCUUAUUAAACUGCUCGAUUGGGCGAAGCCGAUCCAAUGGUCACUGCACCACCAUCUAAAGACAUCGACCUAUUUCAACGGCAACAUCUGUAUCAUCGGCGAUGCUGCCCACUCAAGCCUGCCUCACCAGGCAGCCAACGCUGGUCAAGCCCUUGAGGACAGCCUGAUUCUUUCGCACGUGCUUGGCCUGGUACAAUCGCCAGAAGAUCUAUCCAAGGCUUUUCAAGUUUUCGACUCUAUACGACGGCCUAGGGCCCAAAAAGUUGUUGAAACAAGCGCAGAGUGCGGUAUCGUGUAUGUGCUUGGUGAUCCUGAAGCCGGCGCUGAUCGGCAGAAAGUGGUGGGCAAUCUCAACCAGCGAUGGCUGUGGAUCUGGGAGCACGAUCUGAGUGCGGAUUUGAGAAAAGCGGGCGAAGAGUUUGCCAAAUUGAUAGCAUCGUCGAAGCAAUGAUAUGGCUACGCUAACCCAUUCGCACGCUGUGGCGCUUGUGUAUAUCUAAUUUGAGGAUUCUGAGC